AUGUAUGAGACUGCUUUGAACAGAUAUUCUGAGGAUCUCCUCCCUGGUUUCUUCCCCAUUGAAGAAAAAAACGAAUACCUUGUAGGCACAACAGGCACAAAAGUAACUGCCGAUUCUAGCAUUGGUGUUAUUAACAAAUACUGUACAACCAAACGAAAGGAGCUGCAUGGUACAACUGGAGUACGUGCCUUGUCUGUUGGUCAGAGAUACUCUGACUUUGUUCUGUUAAUUGGCACAAAUAUAUCAAAUGAAGCUGCUAAUUUGGAUAAUGAUCUGUAUCUUCAUGACAAGAUGGUAAAAGCUUCAGCCUCUCCUUGCGGCCUUCUUGAGUUGGAUGUUAAACAGAUGGAGCAAGCAAAGCUAUUUCAAGCACUUAUGUUCAAUGGUUUGUUCGGAAACACAUUCGAUGGUGUAUCAGAUAAGAAAGAAAGAAAGUUCAACACCUUUGUUAAAUACUUUGAAGAAACGUACGGCAUAGUUCUUCGUCAUCCUUUACAGCCAUUACUAGCGCUGAAACCCAGUCAUAGACCUCACAACCUUCUCUCCUCAAAGUUGAGAGAUGAAGGCAACCAUGUUAAGAUAAAUGUGGGCACAUCACCUGUAAAUAAGACGGACAGUUGUGUUCACAUGCCCCCAGAGUUGCUGAUUCUCCUUAAUCUACCUGAGGACAUUUUGAGAGCAUUUUACUUGGUCCCCUCUUUGAUGCAUCGUAUAGAAACGUUAAUGCUAGCCAGUCAACUAAGAAGUGAAAUUUCAUAUGAAGAUUCAAAUAUAUCAAGCUUUCUAAUUCUAGAAGCUAUUACAACACUUCGAUGCUCUGAAAACUUCUCCAUGGAGCAUCUAGAAUUAUUGGGAGAUUCUGUGCUGAAGUAUGCAGUGAGUCGUCACCUUUUCCUGAAAUUUCCUGAUAAGGACGAGGGGCAGUUAUCAUCCAGUAGGGAUGAUAUAAUAUCUAAUGCUGCACUUUAUGGGUUUGGAAUUGGACACACAAUACAGGGUUACAUACGUGAUGCUGCAUUUGAUCCUCGUCGAUGGCUUGUACCGGGACAGCUCUCGAUUCACCAUGUUCCUUGUAAUUGCCCAGUAGAUUCUGAGGUUGUAACUCGGGAUAUUCAUGUUGUUGAUGACAAACCUAUUGAUAUAAUUGGCCAGACCUGUGAUAAGGGACACAGAUGGAUGUGUUCCAAAACAAUUGCUGAUUGUGUUGAAGCCGUAAUUGGGGCAUAUUAUGUAGGAGGUGGCUUAAGAGCAGCUCUGGCUGUUUUCAAGUGGCUGGGUAUUGAUGCUGAAAUUGAGGAAGAAUUGAUUAUUCAGACCAUCUUGAGUGCACCUGUGAUGACCUAUCCUCCGAAAAUUGAUGUUGAAAUGCUUGAAGCAAAACUAGGCUAUGUAUUUUCGGUGAAAGGUUUUCUGCUAGAAGCUCUUACCCACUCAUCACAGCAGGAAUCAGCAGAAAGAUACUCCUACCAGCGUCUGGAGUUCCUUGGUGAUGUUGUCUUGGAUAUUCUGCUAACGUGGCAUCUUUUCAAUAAUCAUAAAUACACAGAUGAGGGGGAAUUGACAGAUUUACGGUCUGCAUUAGGAAACAAUGAAAACUUUGCACAAGUCGCAGUAAAGCACAAGCUCCAUCAGUUUCUCCAGCAUUCUUGUGGGAAUUUAGCAGACCAAAUUACUAAAUAUGUGAAUAGUUUUGAAAAUUCUUCCAUGGACAAAAUCAAACUUUUAUCAGAUGCCACAUUAAGUGGGCCUAAAGUCAAUUUUGAAUUGCUCUGUAAAGAAGCAGUUUUGAAAUUGUUUCCAGCUGUUACAAGCUGGAGGUACUGUAACAGGCGUAUUAUUUAG